UGAUUGUUGAGGGGGCCAAAUUCACACCACUUUCUUUCACAUCGUGCUGACUUUUAACUCUCGUGUAUCUUGAGAGAAAUUAUGUAAAUCAAUAGAAUUUGUUCCCUGUAUUUUACUAAUCGUUUAUUUAUAAAUUUCCAUUACUCGAUGAUAAGUUGCGAUGAUUUGGAGAGAGAGAGAGAGAGAGAGAGAGAGAGAGAGAGAGAGCUUUUCUGUUUAAGUGACAUCUUCUAUAAGUCGAAGAUGGAACUGUUUAAAUGACGCGCCGUGGGCUACAGUGAAGCGUGAAAUUUUACACACAGAAAAGCAAAAUGUUUUCGCUCUUUGAACUUGUAUUUAGGUCUUGUACGAGCUAAAACUGUAACUCAUAUUUCAAUAAACUGCUACCCACAUUGGAUACUAUUUUAUUAAAACGGCGCUGAAACAUUUUUUUGUUCUUUUCUGUUUGUGGAUUGCCGCGCUGAUACCAACAACCAAUCAGAAGUAGGGAAAGCAAAGUGGUGGGGGGUAUAUCCGCUUUGCGGAAAUAGAGAACUUCAUGUUGAUUUGACUGUGUUGUGUUGACAUGCGUUGACAUAGAAGGUGUCUUAUCAGUGCUGUGAAGACGGGAGUGAAAUAACUGCAGUGAUAAGUUGACUGAACAAUCUUAAACAGCGAUUUGCUGCACUGCCGCCACGUUGUUUUUUAUUCGUCCGAAACUACCACAAAGAUCAGGUCGUUGUCAACAUGCCAACUAGCUCUGAGAUUGAGAGGGAAAUUCGCCAACGCGCAGAGCGUAGAAAACAGGACCUUAGGGAUGCUAUUGGAGACGGUAUUCUAGGAAAUAGCAAUCUGGCCCAUGCUGACAAAGUCUCACCAUUUAGCAAGAGAUUUGAUCGACCUGUGACACAGACUGUUAUUAAACAAAAACCUUUAAUAGAGGGCAAAGAAAACCAGUCACCAACCAGAUUGUCUGACUAUCUCUAUCCAGCUAGACCUGCAAGAAGUGUUUACACUAGUCCACUUAUCAAGUCUCACAGACCACCUUUAUGGAAAAGUCCUCCUCCGACAAUGGCUGACAAUGCUUUGGCAUCCCCUGGCAGAGAGCCUCCAUUAAAUGGAAGUGCUGCUGACACCCAGGAAGAAUUCAUGAACCGUUCCUGUCAGAAAACUCUAUUUCAGGUGCGCACACCUCCUUCUGCCCCUCCAUUAACUGACAGCUUAAAGAAGCAAAUGGCUAAGGACCCUUUUACUACAACCAUUUCCUUAACUAAAGAUGAAAAACUCUACCCGAGCUUACCUAGAACUGACCAUAAUGAAGAGCUCAAGUCUCCUAAAGAUUUCAAGAACUAUGCCAACCACACAACUGCUAGUGCAAUUAGAGGUAACGGUCCAAAUGUGGUCAUGCAAGCUCCAAAAGAAGGCAGCAAAAAUGAUACAACUUAUUCAAAAGCUACAUUUUUAGCAGCAAAAACAAAGUUUCAGUCUCUUGAAGCAAUAUCUGUGGAUGACAUUGAGGACACCUAUGAUAUGGACAGGUUUCUUGAAGAAGCACUUGGAUCUGCCCUUAAAUUGAACUCAACUAUGACUGAUGAAAUGACUGACUUUUCAAAUGAAGAUUCAUUUCACAGUAUUGAAUCAUUUAGAAAUCCCUUUUCCAUUACCAACGCUAGCACCCUUCGAUCAUCUAUGCGUCUAGUGAAACCAUGCACACAGAUUGGGCAAAUUAAUAACGUGAAUGAUCUAGUUAAAGAAGCUGAAGUGCAACAGCAAUUAAUGGGUCAGACGAGUAAAGCUCUCACCCUUUGCCGUUCAUCCAAGAUGUUUUCUUCUUCUGCCUCUCUAGUCGAUGCAGAACGUCUUCUUCUUCUUUCAACUUUACGUCACAGAGCUAUUCUGGACGAAAUCCAAGGGGUGUUACCUUCACCACCUGGAAAUACAGAAUUUAAAGGAAAACUAAGCGUUUUGGAAGUGUCAGCCCCCCUGAAAGAUGAUUCUUUGAAAUGGUGCAAAACAGAAAAUGAUAAGGAUCUGUGGUUCCUGUGUGUUUUAUGUUAUCGACAACAAAUCCUAGCUUCAGAGGCUGUAGCUUAUGAGCCUGGGUCAAAAUAUGUUACUUUUUCUGGCACUUUGGAAUUGUCAGAUUUGCCCUCUUCCUUUGAUGCAUCUUUGCAGAUAUAUUUGCUUCGUACAUUCAAACCUCAGCACUCAGUCCAUAAAAGUAGGAUCAGUAAAGCUUACCAGAUUCUUCGAAGAAGAAAAAAAUCUUGUUUGUAUUCUGCUGGUUCUGAACAAUUGCUCCAUAUAAGGACACCAGCCUUCGCUCUAUCUGGAUCUGUACCAUUAGAUUUGCCACUUGUCAGUAAUUCUCAGCCAGUUAACCUUAACUUAGAAAAGGUUCCGAUAAUGUCACCUCUCCGAGGCAAUGUAUGGGUUAGAUUUGAGACCUCGCUCACAAGUAGUGUCCAGCUCAGUGGAUUCCUUAAUAUUCUGGAGAAAGCUAGAGGAAGCCAUGGCCAUGCAUGGCAAAGAAGAUGGUGCCAUCUUACUGAAAUGCAAAUGCGCUUUUGGAAUUAUCCUGAUGACCAAGAUGAAAAGGAUCCACUGGAAAUUAUUGACUUAAGGUGGUGCGGUUCAGAAAGGAUUGAGGCAGCUCCUCGCCAUUUGUGCGCUCGUAAUCGCACACUUAUGCUUGAGACAACUCGCACUUCUGAUCCAAAUGACUUUAAUUCUACUCUAAUGGAAUGUAAUGUGGAUUAUACAGUUGUUAGGUAUUUUCUAUCAUGUGAUUCGGCACAAGAAAUGAAUGAAUGGUCAGCUGUUCUCAACCAAGUGUUGACCUCUAUUAAGUCCUGGAAUGUAAAGAGACAUGACUAUUAGACUUGAAGUUGAGAUUUCUAGAAACUACAUAUGUACUAACAAAUGUGAAGAUCAAUGUUCUUAAAUUAUAACUUUUAAAAUUGGAUGACAUUUCUUUUUGACUUUUCAAAAAAUAAAAAACCAAGGCAGUUUGCUGGAUACAUUA